AGCUCACAGUUAAAAACUUUAUACUAUAAUACAUCUCACUAUUUCGGCUGUGAAUGGAGUUAAUUCAUAUUAGGCUAACGUGCAAUGAAAUUGGAUUUAUGCAUGUGUGUUUGGAUGUUGUUGCUAUACACGAACUAAAAGUGGAUAAAAGUUUGAUAUACUUGAAUCCGUACUAGGGCUGUCCCAAUUAUUCAAAAAAAUUUGCCUAUUAUAUAUCCUUAUUAGAAUUUCUCAAUUUUACUUCCUAUUAUUCCCAGAUAAUUACCCAUUAUUCUCUAUUAUUCUCAUUGAAAAGCCAACAUGAACAUGAACCAUAAACAAUAUAAAUGACAUUGCAGCCAUAACAAUUGACAGUGUACUGCACUUACAUUAGAAUAAUGUAAAUAACUGACCUCUAUGACCUUUUAAACCUCUGACUCUACCCUAAAUUUUUUUAGCCUCACCUAUUAUUCUCAAAACUAUUCUAGAAUAAUUGGGACAGCCCUAAUCCUAUGGGCAUUAUUCUCUAUAAAAAAACGUUUGUGUGCAAGUCACUGAUGGGCCAUGUCAGAAGGAAGUAAACUGUAGUCAGGACAAUAGUUGUUAAGGUGGAGAAACAGCAUUGUACAACGUAGCAACCCUGCAGGUCCAGGUCAUGGCUCCUCAUUUGUAACUAUACAGCUUGUAUGCAUAAUUAAUUUAUUGUCUAUAAUUAUAGUUGUGCCGCUCAAAUUGUGUUGCACAUACACAAAUAUACCAUGCAUGCGCAGGCAGACUGGAGUAUAUAGGAGGAGAGUCAGGUCUUUAAUGAACGUUAAUUACAUUAUGAUCGUCUAGUUUUUCUUUUUUACCUCCAAUCCUUCAUCGGGAUUAGAGGUAAUAGAGAUGGUAAUUAUUAAAAUGCAAUUAAAGUGCACCGAGACAGAUUUAAAUUAAUUGACCCUGACUAUAAUUAUCAUACAGCGCCAUGAUAGUUGACAGCUGAAGGCAAGGGAUAGGGUUAGAGUUAGGGUUAUAUAGGCCAAUAGGGUUAGGCAUCUGUGUUACUAUUCACUUUCACACUUCCCAUGCAUAUAAUUAUAAUUAUAGCACAACAAACAACACAUACAAUAAACACAGGCUUUAUCAACAAUACCAGCUGUAUAGCUACUAUACGUAAUAAUUAUUAGUGGAAAAGAGUGGUAUAGUACUACCAGAUACAUUCAUCUUGUGGGCCGAUAACACCUGGGAUUAUAGUGCUUCUGAUAGAUCCAAUGUGAUGAAUCCGUGCAGUCCAUGUGGUUAUGAGCUGGAAUUAUGCUUCUGCUAAUAGGAGGAAAUUAGAUUGCUGCAGUACUGCAUGUACAGUCAGUCCAUGAAUGCAUGUGGUUUUUAUCUGGAAAUAUGUUUCUGCUAAAUGAAAAUAGAAUCCAUUCAGUCCAUGUGGUACCACAUCAGUGCACACAUAACACAUGAAUCCAUGACUAUAUAAGUGAGUUCAAUUUUCUCAUUGACAUUCACUGCAAUUGUUCAUCAUUUCAAGUUGUAAAGGAUUUUCUCUGGAUAUCAUCAUGAAGAUUUCAAUGAUUGCCACUGUGGCUCUGCUAUCUCUUGUGGCCCUGGCCUCUUCUGCUCCUCAUCGCUCUUAUUAUCAGGAGAAAGAUGCUCAGCAACAGCACGACUAUAAAUAUUACGAUCAGCUGAAGGAUGCCCUGGAGCAAAGCAAUGUUGAGGAGGCUCGUCAGCAACGCGGUAACUACAACUACAAGACACAGAUGCAGCAGGACGGUGGCCCAAGCAACUAUUACUAUAAGACACAGAUGCAGCGGCCCAAGCAACUAUUACUAUAAGGCACAGAUGCAGCAGGACGGUGGCCCAAGCAACUAUUACUAUAAGGCACAGAUGCAGCAGGACGGUGGCCCAAGCAACUAUUACUAUAAGACACAGAUGCAGCAGGACGAUCGCCCAAGCAACUAUUACUAUAAGGCACAGAUGCAGCAGGACGGUGGCCCAAGCAACUAUUACUAUAAGGCACAGAUGCAGCAGGACGGUGGCCCAAUUAAGCAACUAUUACUAUAAGGCGCAGAUGCAGCAGGACGGUGGCCCAAGCAACUAUUACUAUAAGGCACAGAUGCAGCAGGCUGAUCGCCCAAGCAACUAUUACUAUAAGGCACAGAUGCAGCAGGACGGUGGCCCAAGCAACUAUUACUAUAAGACACAAAUGCAGCAGGACGGUGGCCCAAGCAGCUAUUACUACAAGGCACAGAUGCAGCAGGACGGUGGCCCAAGCAACUAUUACUAUAAGGCACAGAUGCAGCAGGACGGUGGCCCAAGCUAUAAGACACAGAUGCAGCAGAACGAUGGCCCAAGUAACUAUUACUAUAAGACACAGAUGCAGCAGAACGAUCGCCCAAGCAACUAUUACUAUAAGGCACAGAUGCAGCAGGACGGUGGCCCAAGCAACUAUUACUAUAAAGCCCAGAUGCAGCAGGACGGUGGCCCAAGCAACUAUUACUAUAAGGAGCAGAUGCAGCAAAAUGGCCCAUCGGAGGAGGCCCGUCAGCAACACGCAACUAUUACUAUAAGGCACAGAUGCAACAAGAUGAGCCAUCUGAUGAUUGGACACCAGAGACACCAGCUGAGGUAGAUGCUAUGCAAGAAGAGCGCCCAUCUGACAGUCUACUGCUAGCAGCACUGCAGUCCCUGUUGGACAAACAAGAAGAGUAAACCAGCCGAACAUGAGAAGCACGGAUACUGAAAUAGUAGAACACAUUAAAAAUUGCAGUGUGAAAAUUUCUAGUUAUAAUUAUGAUAAUGAGAUCAAUAGAAAUGAGUGAAAUUCAACUUCAGACCAGGCUGCAUGUUGUAAUCAUUAUUAAUUAAUCACAAUCAUCAUGAAG